CUUCUGCCUCCGCGGCACGGUGCCCCGGGGAACCCCGCCGCAGCGCAGCCACCCCCGGAGCGCGGGUCCCUGUCUCUGCUGCGCGCCUUCGGCCGCCGCGCCGCCUUAACGGGAGGAGGGGCUCCUCGGGGGGCUGUCACUCUCCUUAAGCCUUUCCUUUCAAGCUUUGAAUGUGAGCUGCCCUUCAGCCCCCCUCUCUCCUCCCCUCUCUCCUACAGAUCGUAGAGUGGAGGGGGGAGAAAAAAAAAGUUUCAACAACAGGCUGGGCCAAUGGCAAGUGGCGGGGCAGGGAAAGGGGGCCGAGCGAAGGGAGAAAAAAGUGGAGAAAAGGAGAAAGAGAGCGAGAGAACGCAGGCUGGGGGGGAUGUGUAAAAGAAGCGUUGCUAAUUUUUUUUGUUUGUUUGCUUUUCCAUGCAUGCAUAAUGAGGCCUAAUCAGAGCACGUUGCUGCUGCUCGGAGGGCACUUUUGUAUUUAAAGCCUUGCAAACCAAAAAGGAUCCACAGACGGAUCCGCAGAGCAGCUUGCAGGGCUUGUUGACAACAGAAGCAGCAUCAGUCGCCCAGAGAGAAAGAAACCCCGAAGGUUGCCUUUUCUCCUUCCCCCGUGCUAUCUUUUUGCUAGCGGGGAAAUUUCUUCUUCCCGCCACCCGAGAGUGCAACCCGUUACCGAGAGGGAGCAAGCGGAGCCGGGACUGUGAAUGGGAUCGGAGCAGCUGGCAUGUGCAGAGAUGCUGCGAGCGGAGAGUUAAAAGCUCCCGAGAAGGCAGCAGCAACAACAACAGCAGCGGCAGCAGCUGGGCAUUUAUUUUGUGCAAAAAAAAAAGGAAAAAAAAAAAGAGAGAGAAACGGAACUGCAUGAGGAGCAGGACAGCACCAUGAGCUCUCUCGGCGCAGCUUGCAAGUCCCUGAGCGCACUUCGGAGCCGCUCUCCUCCGAGCCCCAGUUUGCACUGAUUUCCCCCACCUCCUCCGGGCGCCUUUGCCGCCGCAGAGCAGAGCCGGGAGCAGCGGGUGAAGAGCACGGGACGGCCCCGGCCGCCUGCUUCGUACCGCGGCCCCGCCGGUUUCAGCUUCCGGGGACUGCAGGGCCCCGGAGCCGGCGCGAAUGGAUUGAUGCGAGGAGACCUCAUGCACAAGGCCGGCGGGAGUUUUGCAAACUUUUCUACGGGCGGCAGCUCCUUCUCCUCCUCCGCCUCCUCGUCGUCGUCGUCGUCGCCACCCAGCGCCUCUGCCCCUCUCGCCCGCGGCAGCAGCCGCCGCCAGCUAUGGUGGCCCGUUCGUCCGCUCAGCACGGAGGCGGCGGCGGGCGCCACUGGCCGCGGCCGGCCGCCUGGCUGUGGCUGGCAGCGGCGCUGGGCGCCGUGUGCCCGCCGCGGGGCUCGCUGGUGCAGGGCCGGCGGCUGAUCUGCUGGCAGGCGGUGCUGCAGUGUCAGGGGGAGCCCGAGUGCAGCUACGCUUACAACCAGUACGCCGAGGCGUGCGCCCCAGUGCUUCUGCAGCAGCCGCCGGCGGGCGGCGGGGCCGGGCCGGCGGGCGCUGCAGGCGCCUCGGCCUCCUCCAGGCGGCGGUGCCCCAGCCAUUGCAUCGCGGCCCUCAUCCAGCUCAACCACACCCGGCGCGGCCCGGCGCUGGAGGACUGCGACUGCGCGCAGGACGAAAACUGUCGCGCCACCAAGCGCGCCAUCGAGCCGUGCCUGCCCCGCACAAGCAGCCCUUCUGCUGGGGGCCCUGGUCCCGGCCCCGGCGUCAUGGGCUGCACAGAGGCGCGGCGGCGCUGUGACUGGGACAGCCGCUGCAGCCUCGCGCUCAACCGCUACAUGACCUACUGCGGGAAGCUGUUCAAUGGGCUGCGCUGCACGCCCGAGUGCCGUGCCGUUAUCGAGGACAUGCUGGCCGUGCCUAAAGCCGUGCUGCUCAACGACUGCGUCUGCGACGGGCUGGAGCGGCCCAUCUGUGAGUCGGUCAAGGAGAACAUGGCCCGCCUCUGCUUCGGCGCGGACACGGGCGGCAACGGCGCAGGCAGCAGCGGCGGCUCGGACGGCGGCCUGGAGGAGUACUACGACGAAGACUACGAGGAGGAGCCGAGCCAGAAGGGGAGGGACGACGCGGAGGACAAUGCGGGCUCCGAGCCCGGUUUCCCCGUGCAGGCGGAUAGCGCCGGCCGGCCUGCGGCCGUGGUCUGGGCGUUGCUGGCCUCCAUCUUGAUGCCGCUGCUGCUGCGGCUCUAGCGGCUUUCCCUGCCUCCUGCCAGCGCCGGGCCGCGCUGGCCUCCUCGCGGCGGCAGGGGGGCGGCCGGCGGGGUCCUCCGGGCCGCUCAGUUUAAACGCUCUAACCGUUAAUCUGCCGACCAUUAGGCCGGGCCCUCCCCUCUCUGCACACACACUGUCCUCCGGUCCCCCGCCUAUCUCCCCCUCUGCCGCCGUGCCUG